AUGCCAUUAUAUUUCCGCCCACAAUUUCUAGUUACUAAUUACCCCAAUGCGGUUGUUAACGACCGUAACGACCACGGACGUAACGACCACGGACGUAACCACCACGGACGUAACCACCACGGACGUAACGACCACGGACGUAACGACCACGAACGUAACCACCACGGACGUAACCACCACGAACGUAACCACCACGGACGUAACGACCACGGACGUAACCACCACGAACGUAACCACCACGGACGUAACCACCACGAACGUAACCACCACGAACGUAACGACCACGGACGUAACCACCACGAACGUAACGACCACGGCCGUAACGACCACGGACGUAACCACCACGGACGUAACCACCACGGACGUAACGACCACGGACGUAACGACCACGGACGUAACCACCACGGACGUAACGACCACGGACGUAACCACCACGAACGUAACCACCACGGACGUAACCACCACGGACGUAACGACCACGGACUCAAUAAUGCCACAUACUAUACAUUAUAA